GCGUCGCGGACUUGCGCAACGUUGGUCAAGAUGGCGGCCUCCUUGAGAAUGCUAUUUCGGAGAGUUGUCCGUCGGACUUACGCGGGUGUCUCCGUUCCUGCAGCCGCUGUGUCCCUCCCGUCGGGUCGACGUUGGACACCGUCGUCCUGUCGUCGUUUCAGCAAUGAAACCGGAGAGAAAAACACUCAUUUCGGUUUUGAGAGUGUCCCGGAAGCUGAGAAGGCGACGAGAGUGUAUCAGGUGUUUGAGAACGUGGCCCAGAAGUACGACAUCAUGAAUGACGCCAUGAGCCUGGGGAUUCAUCGCCUGUGGAAAGACGCGCUGCUGCACGCCAUGCAUCCCCAACCCGGGACACGCCUGCUGGAUGUGGCCGGCGGAACAGGUGACAUCGCCUUUCGUUUCCUGGACUACGUCCGCUCUCAGAAGGAACGUCAGAAGAGGCGUGUGGCGCGCUCCAUGCAGACGCCGUCGUGGCGGGACAUCUCGGACGACUACUCCGAUAAGGACAAUAGGGAGUGGGGGGACGCAGCAGGGGGAGGGUCCCAGGACGGCAGGGCGGUGGUCUGUGACAUCAACAAGGAGAUGCUGAAAGUGGGCAAGGAGAAGGCUGACAACAUGGUAGUCGGGGCUGGUCUGUCGUGGGUGGUGGGGGACGCAGAGGAGCUGCCUUUCGCCGACAACCAGUUUGACGUGUACACCAUCGCCUUUGGCAUUCGUAACGUCACCCACGUAGAGCAGGCCCUGCAGGAGGCGCUGCGGGUCCUGAAGCCUGGGGGCCGCUUCAUGUGCCUGGAGUUCAGCAAAGUGACCAAUCCCGUGCUGGCAAGGCUUUAUGACGCGUACAGCUUCCAGGUCAUCCCUGUUUUGGGAGAAGUGAUUGCUGGAGACUGGAAGUCCUACCAAUAUUUAGUGGAAAGCAUCCGCAAGUUUCCUGCUCAGGAGGAGUUUACACACAUGAUAGAGGAGGCGGGCUUCGACUGUGUGCGCUACGACAACCUGACCGGAGGAGUGGUCUCCCUUCACUCUGGUUUCAAGCUGUGACGACACCGACCGGGAAACCCGGGGACCGAGGCGCCGCAUCGGCGGCCUCUUUGGAUGCAUGAGUCCUCCGCUCGUCCCCUUCUGCCGCCUGGACCGUACCUCUCUGCCCCCACACCACCAAGCCGGUGAGAUGUCGCUGUUUUCCACGGUUGGAAUCAUAACGUCUAUUGGAGUAAAGGAAAACCUGCCUAAAUCAGGGAUUGUCAACUGGAGUUUCCGGUUCCAAAAGUGGGUCACGGGUCUGUACGCGGGCAAAAACUGUGUACUGACCCGAUGUCUGUGCUGCUGCCUUGCUGUGCCGCCGUGGUGUGCAUGCUAUGUUUUCGGCCGACUUUGUCAAGCUUGUGCCGUCACAGCUGCAGAUAUCUGCUGGAGACGCCACCGAUAGAGGACAGCAGCUCCACGCUUCAGCUCACAUCGAGUUCCUAACGCUUCCUUGAAAUAGACGAUAUUUCCUUUUUCUAACGAAGCGCGACUGAAAACUUGGGAUGCUCGCUUCCGAUUUCCGUAAAAAACACCCAUCAGCAUGUUGAUAAAAGCCAUCCUUAUUUUGUAAUAAUAAUUAGCCACGGAUGCUUGAAAUUGUCUAACAGAGACCCUCGCUAGUACAACUCAUCAUAAAUAAUUUCAUCCUUGUGAAAAGAUAAUCAUAGAAUAAAGAAUAAGGUGGUCAAUUCACGAGAAUAACGUCCAUCGUAAACAUUAGCAGAGAAAAAACUCAUAAUAUGUUGUAAGUUUACGGGGAAAAGGUUGGUAAAUUUGUGUUCGGGGAUGUGACCUUUGACCUUGGGCAUGUGGAGGGAGGAAGCGAGAAGGGCUAGCCAUGCAAGUCUAAAUGCCCAAUGCUGUUUUGCUGCCACAUUGUAAAUAAAAGCUGCAGUGAAGCUGUACGUAGUAUUACCACCUCAUUCUCCACAAUUUCCAACCUUAUUCUCGAAAUCGCAGACUUUUUGUUUCUCAAUGUGGCUCAUCUUACGGCGGAUCUCACUCCCAGGGGGUUGCUAUCGGAAUGGGCGGCCUGACGGGGACCACAAUGAUGGAGUAACACCGCCAACCCGCUAGUAAUGACACACAACAGGAGUACUUGAAUAAAACUGUAUAUUUUACACAUCUUUGUACACUUUCAUUACAAAAACUGUAUAGUACUAAAGUUUCUCAAAUGUUUUUUUGUUUUUUGGUCAGAAGAUUGAAUCGUCUCGUGUGCAAUUACCACGUAUGUACAACGUCUCAUGGAAGUGAUUCUGCUCGCUCGUCGAUAAACUCUGAACAUAAGACAUGGCUUCAAGAUAAAUAUAUUAGUCAAUAAAUAUUCCGAGAACAUAUUUCCAUGUAUGAAAUGUGUUGCUAUGCAGGUACAGAAAUAUACACAGAUUGAUCUCUAAGCCUUUCUUGGAAAAAAACAAAAACAUCUGCAAUGG